AUGGCUACACCAACCCAUGCUCAGUCUUCCCUUCCUGCCCUACCGGCACAUCUUCAGAAUGAUACUCACUUGGCUGCUCAUCUGGCCAGCAGGUUCCAUGUCUCCCUGCCAACCGCCCGUCUCUCCUCCCAGGCAUUGAUAUGUCUAAAUACAUACACCUCGUCCACCAAGGGGCCGGAUGGCGGCAAGGAAGGUAGUGCCAUGGGAGAGGCCGAAGAUCUCGCCAGACGUGCCUGGACCAGACUCGGCUCCCGUGGUGAGAACCAGGCCAUCGUCUUCUUGGGAGAGUCUGGAUCUGGAAAAACUACUAUUCGUUCACACCUUCUUUCCUCCAUUCUGUCAUUCUCAUCGACCCCUCUAUCGACAAAACUCUCUCUAGCGGCAUUUGUGUUUGACACUCUCACUACUACCAAGUCCGUCACCACUCCUACCGCAUCCAAGGCCGGUCUUUACUUCGAACUGCAAUACGAUGGAUCAUCCACCGUCAACCCAACCCUCAUUGGCGGCAAAGUGCUCGAUCAUCGACUCGAGAGAAGCCGUAUUGCAUCUGUCCCUACGGGAGAACGUUCGUUCCAUGUUCUCUACUAUCUUUUAGCUGGUACCAGCGCUGCUGAGAGAUCGCACCUGGGAUUGGAAAGUCCCACGACUGUCAGGGGCGGCGCUGGUAACCGCACCUCUACCAGUGAAAUGCACAAGAGAUGGCGCUAUCUCGGCCAUCCAACCCAGAUGAAGGUCGGAAUCAAUGACUCGGAAGGCUUCCAGCAUUUCAAGACUGCUCUCCGCAAACUGGAGUUUCCUCGCAGUGAUAUUGCGGAAAUCUGCCAGAUCCUUGCCUGUAUCCUCCACCUUGGACAGCUAGAAUUCGCUACUGGCCAGUCUACUAGAACUGCUCCCGAGGAGAGUGGUGGAUAUUCUCACGAAGGUGGUGAGACUGUCACCAUCGUCAAAAAUAAAGAUACCCUGGCCAUCGUAGCUGCAUUCCUGGGACUGAGCACCGACGACCUGGAACUUAGUCUCGGAAACAAAACAAAGACUAUUCACCGCGAGAGAGUUACCGUUAUGCUGGAUCCUGCAGGGGCUCGAGCCAACGCUGACGAAUUCGCGCGCACCCUUUAUGCCCUCCUGGUUGCCUACGUUAUUGAAAAUAUCAACCAGAGGGUCUGCGCCGCUGAGAGCGCUGUUGCCAACACUAUUUCCAUUGUUGACUUCCCAGGAUUUGCCCAGACCUCUGCCACUGGCUCAACCCUAGACCAGCUAUUGAACAAUGCUGCUACCGAGUCUUUGUAUCAGUACUGUCUACAGAACUUCUUCGAGCGCCAGGCCAACAUGCUUGAGACUGAAGAAGUUAGUGUUCCUGCCACAAGCUACUUUGACAACUCUGAUGCUGUUAGAGGCCUCCUUAAGCACGGAAACGGCCUCUUGUCCAUCCUUGACGACCAGACCAAGCGAGGACGGACUGAUAUGCAAAUGUUGGAAAGUAUGAGAAAGAGAUUUGACAACAAGAACCCUGCCAUCUCUGUUAGCAGCUCAACCGCUAUCUUGCCUGGCAGUAACUUCCCCACUCAGAACACUGCUGCUUCUUUCACCAUCAGACACUUUGCCGGAGAAGUCGAGUACCCCGUCAAGGGCCUUAUCGAAGAGAAUGGAGAUCUCGUCUCCGGAGACUUGCUUAACCUUAUCAAUAACACCAGAAGUGGCUUCGUCCGUGAUCUAUUCGGGCAAGAGGCCCUCCAGACUAUUCACCAUCCAAAAGAGAGGUCUGCCAUCAUGCAGGCGCAGGUCAGCUCAAAGCCAUUGCGAAUGCCGAGCAUGGCCCGCCGCAAGACGAGCAGGGUGUCCAAGUUUGCCCCUAAUGCUCCAAAUUCAGAAAAUGACGAUACGGAUGAUGCCAGCAGUGGCAGACGGGGUGCAUCAGGAAAUCAUAAUAAGAAGGCAGGAGAUGUCGGUCUCAAACAAGGAGCUGCUGCUCAAUUCCUUGCCUCUCUUGACAACAUUAACAAAUCCCUUUCUGCCACAAACGUCAAUCCGUACAUCGUCUUCUGUCUCAAGCCCAAUGAUAGACGAAUUGCCAAUCAGUUCGACAGCAAAUGUGUACGUACCCAAGUGCAGAUGUUUGGCAUUGCAGAAAUCAGUCAACGCCUACGGAAUGCCGAUUUCUCCGUCUUCCUGCCCUUCGCCGAAUUUUUGGGUCUCGCUGAAGAGGAGUCUGUCAUUGUUGGAAGUGACAAGGAGAAAUCUCAGCUUGUCAUCGAUGAGAAGCGUUGGCCUAACAACGAGGCCCGUGUUGGUAGCACCGGCGUGUUCUUGAGUGAACGAUGCUGGGCCGAGGUUGCAAAGGUUGGGGAGAGAGUCGUGCCUGCAUUCAAUGGAAGCGGCACAGACGACGGCAGUGGAAUGGGUAAUAACGGAUAUGGCGACUCUAAGGUCCGACUUCUUACCCCAGCAGACAGCACUCCUGGCGCUUACAUCUAUGGUGACGAAACCAAGGGAGGAUAUUUCAACAGCCGGGAUGUUGAUGCCCGUUCAGAUGCUGGUGCAUCCGCGUUCCACUCAGGCGAUAUGUUCAAGAACUUGGAAACUCGUGAGCAGAUGGCUGAAAAGGGAAAUGAGAAGAAAAUGGUUGAAGUGGAAGAUGUCAUUGUUUCCGGCAGCCGUAAACGAUGGUUGUUCCUCGUCUACCUCCUCACUUGGUUUAUUCCUGAUUUCCUGAUCAAAUUCGUCGGUCGCAUGAAACGAAAGGACAUACGUAUCGCCUGGCGUGAAAAGCUCGCUAUCAACAUGCUUAUCUGGUUCACUUGCGGCUUCGCCAUCUUCUUCGUCAUUUUCUUCCCUGGUCUCAUCUGUCCCCCACAACACGUCUUUUCAGCAGCCGAACUAACUACCCACAACGGCGAUCCCGGUAAAGAUGCAUUCAUUGCCAUCCGUGGUGAGGUCUUCGACCUUGGAGAAUAUGCCAAAUCCCACUAUCCCAGCAUUGUUCCCCGAAAGGAUUUGCUCAAGUACGCUGGUACCGAUGCAAGUGACCUGUUUCCGGUCCAGGUCUCCGCUCUCUGUGACGGUGUGGAUGGAAAGAUCGACGAUGCAGUUCAACUUGAUUACACUCCAAUAAACCGUACCGGUUCAGCCUCCGUCAUCAGCAAGACUGAUACCAACGCUCAAUAUCAUGACUUCCGUGCUUUCCUUACGGAUUCCAGACCAUGGUGGUAUUUCAAACAGAUGAAAAUGCUCCGUCAAACCUACGCCAAAGGCCAUAUUGGUUUCACACAAAAACACCUGGCAGAAAUGGCUGAUCAAUCGCAAUACAUCGCGUUAAUCAACAACCGUGUAUACGACGUCACUACCUACAUUACCGGUGGUCGAGUAGUCAAAUCCAAAGAUGGACAGGCUGCUCCAAAGGAUGUCAAUGUUGACUUUAUGCACCCCGAUGUUAUUAGCCUUUUCCAGCGCUUCCCAGGACAAGAUAUCACCAAACGAUUCGAGGAGCUUAAUAUCGGCAGCGCAAUGCGUAGAAGUAUGAAAAUUUGUCUCGACAACCUAUACCUUGCAGGCGAACUCGACAUUCGUACCUCUCCCAGAUGCUUAUUCUCCCAGUAUUUCAUUCUUGCUAUCUCAGUCCUCUUGGCCACCAUCAUUGGAUUCAAGUUCUUGGCAGCUCUGCAAUUUGGAAGGAAGAAUAUCCCCGAGAAUAUUGACAAAUUUAUCAUUUGCCAAGUUCCUGCAUAUACCGAAGAUGAAGAAUCGUUGCGCCGUGCCAUCGACUCAAUGGCUCGUAUGAAGUACGAUGAUAAACGCAAGCUUCUCCUUGUCGUUUGCGAUGGUAUGAUUAUUGGACAAGGAAAUGACCGUCCAACUCCUCGAAUUGUUCUCGACAUCUUUGGUGUUCCAGAGAAUAUUGAUCCAGAGCCUCUCAGCUUUGAGAGUUUGGGAGAAGGAAUGAGACAGCACAACAUGGGUAAAGUCUACUCUGGUCUCUAUGAGGUGCAAGGCCAUAUUGUUCCGUUCCUGGUUGUUGUCAAGGUUGGAAAGCCGUCUGAGGUAUCAAAGCCUGGUAACCGUGGAAAGCGAGACUCGCAGAUGGUUGUUAUGCGCUUCUUAAACCGUGUUCACUAUAAUGCUCCUCUUAGCCCUCUCGAGCUCGAGAUGCACCACCAGAUCCGUAACAUCAUUGGAGUCAACCCAACCUUCUACGAGUUUAUCCUGCAGGUCGAUGCUGAUACUACAGUCGCUCCUGAUUCAGCAACUCGAAUGGUGGCAGCAUUCCUUCAUGAUACACGUGUCAUUGCUCUCUGUGGAGAGACAGGUUUAAACAACGCUAAAUCCUCAAUGAUUACCAUGAUUCAGGUCUAUGAAUACUACAUCUCUCAUAACCUUACGAAAGCUUUCGAGAGUUUGUUCGGUUCCGUUACCUGUUUGCCCGGUUGUUUCACCAUGUAUCGAAUCAGAGCCGCUGAUACUGGAAAGCCUCUUUUCGUCAGCAAGGAAGUCGUUGAUGCCUAUGGUGAAAUUCGUGUCGAUACCCUGCACAUGAAGAACUUGCUUCACCUGGGUGAGGAUCGUUACCUAACCACUCUCCUCCUCAAGCACCAUUCCAAGUACAAGACCAAGUUCACUUUCAACGCGCACGCCUGGACCAUUGCACCUGAUACUUGGGCCGUCUUCAUGUCUCAGCGUCGUAGAUGGAUCAAUUCCACAGUACACAACCUGAUUGAACUGAUUCCGCUCCAGCAGCUCUGUGGUUUCUGCUGUUUCAGUAUGCGAUUCAUCGUCUUCAUUGAUCUUCUCAGUACUAUCAUCCAGCCCGUUGCCGUUGCAUAUAUUAUUUAUCUCAUCGUUCUUGUUGCUCUGAACAGUGGAACUGUCCCAUGGACAGCCCUUGUCCUUCUCGCAGCCAUCUACGGUCUUCAGGGUAUCAUCUUCAUUGUCCGCAGAAAGUGGGAGAUGGUUGGCUGGAUGAUAAUUUAUGUUCUCGCCAUGCCUGUGUUCUCCAUGGGUCUCCCUCUAUAUGCUUUCUGGCACAUGGAUGAUUUCAGUUGGGGUAACACCCGUAUUGUCACUGGUGAGAAGGGACGUAAGAUCGUCAUAUCUGACGAAGGCAAAUUUGAUCCAGCUUCCAUCCCCAAGAAGAAGUGGGAAGAAUACCAAGCUGAACUAUGGGAAGCCCAGACCCACGCUGGUGCUGACGACCGAUCCGAAGUCUCCGGCUACUCGUAUGCCACCAAGACUCACUACGCUCCUGCUACUGAGUACGGAUACUCCGCUUCCCGGCCCGUAUCUCAAAUAGACCUCAACAACCGCUACAGCUCCCGGCUUUCGAUGUCUGCCACAGAUCUACUUGGCCGAGGCUCAGAUGUCGAGAUGGUGGAUCUCUCUGCUCUACCAAAUGAUGACUCCCUCCUCGCUGAGAUCAGGGAUAUCCUCCGUACCGCAGACUUGAUGACCGUGACGAAAAAGAGUGUGAAACUUGAGUUAGAACGUAGGUUCAACGUCAACCUAGAUGCCAAACGGGCGUACAUCAAUUCAGCCACCGAAGCAGUUCUUUCGGGCCAACUUUAAAAAAAUGCGAAUUAAAUUCAAAUAUUUCAGUUGAAAAGUGAAAAUCGGAGCAGGUGGUAUUUUCUCUGUUCCAUCUUUACGAGCAAAACAUUGGCUUCAUCUUGCAGAUUUCAGACUUCUAUACCUGUCUUAUUUAUUUCCCCUCUCCGACUCCAUACGAUAUUUACUCCUAAUAAACUUUUGAGCCGUACAUCAUUUUUAUUCCCCUCUUGUUGUGUUUCUAUUCUCUUUUUAUCUAUCUAGUGGUUCUGCCUUGUGUCUUGGUUUAUGACAACAUUCAGCUGGCCUUGGUCUUAUUGUGUGUCUAACUAUAUGUGUUUUCCUACUUUCUUGUUAUCUAGCCAUCAAUUAUUGUGUGAGCCCCAUGUUCAUUAUUAUACGAGGGACCAGGAGCGGUGAGAACUAAUUAGAUAAUGUUCGUUGAUUUUGGGUAUAUAGCUACACCUAUUGAUAAUUGAUGCCUGAGUCUUGACUUUGUGCAGUACCCAUGUAUUUUCUAUGUAUCCUCGGGCUGCCACAGCAAGCCGCCCGCUUGUUAGAAUGGCCUCGGUGUGUUGAUAGCCAGUAUUAUUAUAAACAGCCGCUAGUUGUAUGCUCUUUGUAAUACACCACGAUACUCUAGGAAGACCAGCUGACUUUAAACCAAAUGAGCAAGGGCAUGAAGAAAGUUUAAGAAAACUGUCGACUGAAUUAUCAUUUUCUCUAUGCUCUGCGAGAGUUUAUAUUGGUGAAAUGGCAGUACCAAGCCAUGUUGUAGGUACACGUCCGUUAUAUAUUUAUAGACUUUCAACAAUAAAGAAUGAGAAGCCUAGCGAGUACACAGAAGAAAAAUGAUAAUUCAGCCUUGUUUAUUUUUUUCCCCCUUUUCUUGAGUUCGUUAGACUUGUAUAGAGGGGUUCCUUGUUUAUACUUGUGUAAAGCAGCAGCUGUGGUGUGUGGUAUCAUGUCAUAUAGAUGAUUUGCAGAAAGCAAACUUAGAGAGAAAGAAAACACAAGAGGUAUAAAAGCUCGAGAAAGAGAACAAAGGUAUAGGAAAAGAAACCCUUCGAAGAAACAUGAAACGUGAACACCGAGAGGAAGCUAUAAAGGAUUGGUAUAAGUAAGCGAGAGCGGGGUGGGGGUAUCCGAUGACACAAGGCAGAGAACAAGAAAGAUGAGACAUGGUAUAAUAAAUGGAAACAGGAGAAGCUCCUACCAAAAAAGUAACUUCAGAAAAGAGGAAUUCUCCCCACAAUGUUAAGCAAGAAAGGAACAGUUGGAUCGACCAAGAGUUCGAUGAAAAUAUAGUGUCAGUGACUUUUCGAAAGAAGGGGAAAAUGAAACUCAUUCAACGGUGUUCUUUUUUGGUAUCAUUGAUGACUGGGUUGGGUAUAAAUAGUUUUGCGGCCUUAUUUUCCGUCGUUUCAUGAUAUAAGAGAUGGCUGCUUAGCGAGGGGGGCCGAUAGGAGCAGAGUAGGAGUUGGAAGUGCUGGGUCGUCCGCUGUCGAAGGAAGCUCGUAAGUCGUGUCUGGGAGUCAUGUCACCUCCAGACACUGAUCCAGAACCCCCGGUUCCAAAGGGAAACUUAUUGUCAAACCGAGUAGGCCAGCCGUUACCUGAUGGAGUGAGUAGGUCUUCCUUCGCUAGAUUGACGCCAGAGUCAUUCCAAGGGUUACGGUAACCACUGUCUCGAGAUUCCAUGGAAACAAGAGAAGCUUUUGAGGCGUUGCUGGAAGCAUGUU